AUGCGUCGUUUUGCACUAACCCCAGCAUCAUUACGACCUUUAACGCGCUCGAAUCCAGCGCAGAGAUUUAAUCGUCCAUGGGCUAGCCGACUGACCCAAGCCAAAGCCGCAAGCACUCAAACAUCCAAGGACCCCGUUGAGCUCGAUCAAAUCACCACCCUCUCCAAUGGCCUCCGCGUCGCCACAGAAUCGCUCCCUGGCCCCUUCGCCGGCAUCGGCGUAUACAUCGACGCCGGCUCACGCUACGAAAACGAAAGCCUUCGCGGCGUAAGCCACAUUGUCGACCGACUCGCCUUCAAAUCCACGACCAAGCGCACGGGAGACCAGAUGCUGGAAGCUCUGGAGUCGCUCGGGGGCAACAUCCAGUGCGCAUCGUCGCGGGAGUCGCUCAUGUACCAAUCCGCAACGUUCAAUUCGGCGGUGCCCACGACGCUAGGACUGCUGGCGGAGACUAUUCGCCAGCCGCAGAUUACGGAUGAAGAGGUCCGGAUGCAGCUGGAGGUUGCGGAGUAUGAGAUUCGAGAACUGUGGGCGAAGCCGGAGAUGAUUUUGCCGGAGCUCGUGAAUAUGGCUGCGUACAAGGAUAAUACGUUGGGGAACCCGCUGCUGUGCCCGAAGGAGAGGCUGGAGCAGAUUGAUCGGACCACGGUGCAGAAGUAUCGGGAUGUGUUCUUUGGGCCGGAGAGGAUGGUGGUUGCGUUCGCCGGGGUGCCGCAUGGGGAAGCGGUCAGGUUGACGGAGAUGUAUUUUGGGGAUAUGCAGAGGAAAAGCGCGGUAGCGGACAGCGAGGCCAAGGUGAACGGUUUUCCCGAUGAGAGGGUUCCUACGAUCCCGGCAUUCUCUCCUACAUCCACGACACCGGCUGAGACGACGCCCGCAUCGUCAACAUCGUCUUCGCCAGGCGUAUUCUCCAAGAUCCCUUUCUUCAAGAACCUCUCCACCUCCGCCGCAAGCCACGCCUCCGUCUCUCCACUCUCCCCCGACAUCCUCAAACCCGACUCCCUCAACCUCACCCAACCCUCCCACUACACCGGCGGCUUCCUCUCCCUUCCUCCCAUUCCUCCGCCCCCGAACCCUUCCCUCCCCCGCCUCAGCCACAUCCACCUCGCCUUCGAAGCCCUCCCCAUCUCCUCCCCAGACAUCUACGCCCUCGCCACGCUCCAAACCCUCCUCGGCGGCGGCGGCUCCUUCUCCGCCGGCGGCCCCGGCAAAGGCAUGUACUCGCGCCUCUACACCAACGUCCUCAACCAACACGGCUGGGUCGAAAGCUGCAUGGCCUUCAACUACAGCUACACCGACAGCGGCCUCUUCGGCAUCUCCUCCUCCUGCAGCCCCCCGCGCAUCGCCGACAUGCUCGAGGUCAUGUGUCGCGAGCUGCAAUCGCUCACCCUGGAGUCGGGCUAUCCGGCCCUGCAGCCCGCGGAGGUCAACCGCGCCAAGAACCAGCUGCGCUCGUCGCUGCUGAUGAAUCUGGAGUCGCGCAUGGUGGAGCUGGAGGACCUGGGGAGGCAGGUGCAGGUGCACGGUCGCAAGGUCGGGGUCAUGGAGAUGUGUCGGCAGAUCGAGGCCGUGACGGUGGCGGACUUGCGGCGCGUGGCCAAGGAUGUGUUCUUUGGGAGGGUGAAGAAUAAGGGGGAUGGGACGGGGAGGCCGACGGUGGUGGUGCAGGAGGGGGAGAUGGAGGGGCAGAGGCUCAGUCCGUUUACGUGGGAGGAGAUUCAGCAGAGGAUUGCGAGGUGGCAGUUGGGAAGGCGGUGA